UAUAAUCAGUUUUAUAAAGCCUGGUGAAGGUUACAGAAAGUCCACCAACAGUCGCAGGGUGGCAGCAGAGCGCUUAUUGUGCAUUGCUACUCCGCCGGAAAUGGGCAGCAGAAGAAGAGCGAACCGUUGGAAAAAAAACUACAGUACUAUCGCCGCGUCAGAUGAUUAGCUAAUAGUAAAAACACUGUCAAACGACGGAUAGUUCGCCUCUGUUUUCAGCAUUACGAUACGGUGUAAGUUGUCAAUAAUGUAUAUUGGUCCGUUAUUUACACUUUGAAGCCUCUCUCGCAGCGCUGAUAAUGCUGGAAAUGAAACUGCCGAUGAAAACGGGCGAGGAAGGAGGCGACGAAACGGCCGAGGACGAUUCAUUGGAUCAGUCGGAGCACCAACAUAUUCCCAGGGCUGUAUCUCCCUCUUCGGUGUCCGACAGGCUGGAGGAGUCGCUGAGACCUCAUUUGUAUCCAUCCCAGUUGGACAAGGAGACUGUCUUUGAGUGGUUCGGCCUCCAUCUAAACCCCGCUAAGCGGAUCGAGUUCAUGUGCGGGCUCCUACAUAUGUGCCAACCCCUGGAGCUCCGCUUUUUGGGAUCUUAUUUGGAAGACCUCGCAAGGAAAGAUUACCAUGUUUUACGGGACUUUGAGUUUCGGGCAAAUAGUCCGAGCGAUUUGGGAGUUUUAACUGACGUGAUUGACCCAGUGGUUAGGUCCAAACUCCUAGUCUGCCUGUCCCUCCUCGGGUCUGACAGCAGGGAAUGUGCUGGAAUACUCUUUCGGAUACUGAGCCAUGUAGACCCGGCCUUGUUCUACAAAAAUUAUGAUUACUCCCUUCUUCCAUUCAGGGGUCCUCACCAUCACCCGUUCCGUCCGCCGUGUCAGGACGGGAAUGUGUACGGGCGGACAGAGCAGACCUGCGGCUUGUCCACUUACGAAACAGCGGCAGGACCUCUGGAACAGUUGGCGUUGCUUUUUACCAUGGCCUCUCUACACCCAGCUUUCCAUUUCCACCAACGGGAGACGGUCCGAGGGCAGCUUGACAAAAUAGAGCUUGCUGUAGAGGAGAGACGUCAAAAUCAGCUUAGAAUAAACGCCCAGACGACGGAGCUAACAGGUCAGAAGGUGGAUUACCUGCCUCCCCCAGCGCUCGGUUUGGGAGAGUGUACAGCUUCUCAUCCUCCCUGCCAGAGCCGACGCUCCAGCCGCUGGGCAGCACAGAGAGAAGCGGUGCAUAUAGAGGGAAUUGUGCUCAGGGGCAUCUCCCGGACCAGAAAAGACAAGGAAUACAACUUUGAGGUGAAGUGGUCAGACUCUUCUUCUAGCAGUGUGACCAAAACCCAUCUGGAACUGGAGAACUUCCUUCUCAAGCUUCCUAAGGAUCAGUGCACCGAGUCCUUUGAGAAGAGCAUCCUGAAACUCCUGAACCAGGGAGACCAGCAUGAGAGCAGGGAGGUGGAGAAGAACCUCAGGGAGAGGUUCCUGUCUGCGCCACCAGUCUUCAGACAGACCAGAAAAGUCUGCAGCUUCUUCAAUUGUGACUCCAGUUACUCUGCUAAAGCUUCUUCUUGCAGAUGCAACUGCCAGCUGGGAAAGGCCUACCAAGGAGACUGCUCUGACGCCUCCAGUCAGGAGGAAGAUGUAGAGUCGUAUGUUCAGGGACACAAGAAGAAGCAUGGGACCAAGAGUCCAUGUCAAGGUCUCUCUAGUGCCAAAGUCUCCCAGGGGGACGGGCGGAGAGGGGGCCACGCUGCAGAGGCCAAUGGUCCGGCAGAGAGGAGGAAGAAGAGCGGCACUCUGAGAAGCAGUCAGGAGGCCGAGCAAGUGAAGCUCCAGGAGGCUGAGAAGAGAAGCCACACAGUCACUAAAACCAAGAGCAGAGUCCUGCCCACAGACAGGGACAAGGGGAAGGGAAAAGGAGCUGCCUUUGUGACCAAUGGUAGUUUGGUGCCAGUUCUGUCACCUCAGAGGAAAGGUGGAGGUUCAGGUCCAGAUACUUUUGGUGAAACAUCAUCAGAAAGCUACAGUUCUCCAUCCAGCCCUCAACACAGAGGACCAGAGAGCCUGGAUAGUGAGGAUGACAACAACAAAGAUACAGACAGCCACUCUGAUGAUUCCAGUAAAGGUCCUGGCCCUGACGUCUUCUUCACACACCAGACUAAUCCAGCUGUGGUCGGGAACGUCUCCUCUGUCCAUCCUCUGUCUUCCAACAACCACCGGGCUCAGAUGGAGCCCCUCUGCCCAGACACCAGCGCAGAGUUCCCCCCUCUCCCCUACAUGCAUUCUCUGCCCUACGUUCUCCCCAACGGCGCCACCGACUCUCCACUUCCACUGGUCCCUCCUCCCAGCCAAAGCAUCAUCCCUGAUGGGAAGCCCUCAUCUGGGACUCUGAUGAUGCAGAUGCCCCUAGUGCCUCCUCCAGCCAUCCCAGGCCCUGGAAUUGUGGGAGACCCAGAGAAGAGGGACAUGCUCCCGACGUUUGGGAUUUCACCCAUUGGCCUCCACCCUCCAGGAAGUCUUGCUGUACAGCCUCUGGUUCAGAGGUUCAAAACAGUUCUGUCUCACAGCCAGGGCGGCCCUGACGGAGCCUCAGGAAGUGGUUCUACUCCUGCUGUCCCACAGGCUUCACACCAGGCCCCUGUAAGAGCCAUCAGUGUCAUGACUCCUGGCCCCACAUCCUUCUCUUCUCCUCUUCAGCAGUCUCUUCCCUGCCAAGACCCGGCCAGUGUCAGCUCAGGUCUGGCCUCCUCUCUGCCGCAUGUGGAGACUUCACAUCCCAAGCACCCCAGCUUAACCUUACCGUCUGGCCUGCCUUCCCCCUACACCCUGCCCCCUGCACCCACAUCUAUCAUGCCUACUGUAGGAGCACCUGCUGCCACUGGAAUCGCUCCAUCUACUGGACAUGUACAAGCAGCUGUUCCUCCAGCUGUGCCCACCCACACCCCUGGACCUGCCCCUAGCCCCAGCCCAGCACUUACUCACAGCACGGCACACAGUGACUGUACAUCCUACAGCAAUAGCGGCGCUACCACAGGAAGUGCCCCUGUUGCCCCUGGCAACCCUAUUACUCUUCAGCAAACCCAGCAGCAACAAGUGGCUCCCCAGCAGCCGCAACCUCAGCAACAGCAGCAGCAGCAGCAGCAGCAGCAACCAAUGGGCUGUGGGACGUGUGGCUGUCACAACAACUGUGGCGGGCGAGGCAGCAGCAGUGUCAGCGGAGCCUCCAGCUGCCAAGCACCUUUAUUCUUCCCCACCCACCAGAUGGCAGCAGCAGCAGCACGGCAGGUGUUCAGCGUUCCUCCACCUCUCUUCCAGCUAACAAGCCUGUGCAGCAACAGCUACCUCACCCAGCCUCAGCCUCCUCACCAGGCUAAUGGUGCCGCCACGCUGCCCACCUUCUUCACCGCUGCCCCACCCCCUGCACACCCAUCCCCUUACGGCCCUCUCCACACUCACUCUCACAGCCAUGCAGACGUGCCAUCACACAUGCUGGGCACCCAGGCGGCGGCAGUGGCGGUCGCCGCAGCCGCAAACUACAACCUGCAGCAGCAGAUGGCGCCGGCAGCAUCGUUCUGUCAGCGCGUCUACCAGCACGUGUACCCAAAUCCUCUGGGGAUGCUGCCUGCUGCGACACUGGGGGGAGGUGGAGUCAAUAAGAAGAACGGCAAUGUGUCCUGUUAUAACUGUGGUGUCAGUGGCCACUACGCUCAGGACUGCAACCAGCCCUCCAUAGACUCCACACAGCAAGGUGGCUUCCGGUUGAAGUACGCAGCCUCUCACAUUUCAGAAGCGUUUGACAAUGCCGACUGAAGAAGAACAAGAAGAAGAAGAAGAAAGGAUGAAGAGUUCCUCUGGUGUCGUCUCCACAGUGAAGGUCCUGUUCUCCCCCAGGCGAUGUGUGCGAGCGGUGCACUAAAGCUUCUGUGUUCUUCAGGAACAAAAAAGAAAAAAUUCAAAAAGAAAGAGUGACCUGCCAAGGGCUCAGUGGACAAAGCCUAAGUACUUGUGCCUGAGAAAAUCCUGUUCUGUGGAGGUGAUACACUGUCUCACGCACACCAACGGUCCAUGUGACUCCCGGUCCCUUCCCUUUCAGUUUGUUUUUGAUAUUUUUGCACUGAGGGUUGGAAACAAUUAACUUAUUACUUAAUUAUUAGGAAGUUGACAGAUAUUUUGGGGAAAUUUUUGUUUUGUUUUUACAUAAAAGUGGAGAAUAGUCUCGACUGAAAAAGGUUCUUAUUUCACUUAUUUCUAAAACAGCGUAUUUAUGUGUUUUCCCCCUUAUUAGUUUACCUGGGGUUUUACUGUCUGACAGAAUUGUAUAGCAGUCUUCAAAGAUUUAAACAAGAAUCAAAACAUAACAUAAGCAAGAGGGGAUUUUAUUUUUUCUUUUAAUUUUCAAAUUUGCUGUAAGUUUUUUGAAUGUACACCUUCUCAUUUAAGGAAUCUGACUGUAUCAAAAUGUAUGGAUCUCAUGCAUUUUUGCCACUUGAUAUAUGUUUGGUUAGAAAGUAAGUGCUGCUUUGUAUUUUAUUUUAAAUGUUUUACUUGGUGAAAUGCACUAUAGUGAAGCAGGAACUUAAGUGCACUAAAACAGUCCUCACCACAGCCAAGUUCAUGUUAAGGAUCUUGUUAUUUUCUCGAUCAAAAUCAGAACGAAAUAGCAAACUAAUCAGCAAACACCGCAUUUUGACUGUUUUAGUCUACUUUAGUAUUACAGGUGUGAAAUAGUUUUUAUGGCUAACGUUUUACAGCGAGAUCUCUGUGUUCUAAAUGAAAAAUUACAGAUAGUGUAGAAGAAGAAAAUCAGUCUUUCUUGAUCACAGUUGAGUGAACCAACAGCAGUCAGCCCACUUCUCUAUCAGUCAUCUACCUGGUAGGAUGCAGUGGAGCUUUAUGGUCGCUGAAGAAAUGUUUUUCUUUUUUGCCCCCCCCCCCAACUCAUUCAGUCUGAAGCUGGGCUAAAAUUCCCACUUUCACCCACAGAAAAUACAAACAUCUAUCGGGCAGAUUCAUGCUCUCCAGAAGAGAAGGCUAUUCUGGUUUGGACACUUAUAAGCUAAAGACAGGACGUAAAGUUUUUAACCACUACUGGGAGGACUCUAAAGGCCUCAGUUUGCUUCAACACAAGAGUGUGUGUCCAGGCAAAAGCGUGUUAAACCCAUUCUGAUUGGCUCUGUUGUCACAGCCUCCUCCGGCGUCACAAUGCCACCCCGAUCGCUCUCCAAGAAUAAUGUCUUUUGCAUGUCUGCGUUGGCCCUAAAUUCAAAUUGAUUAUUGUCUCUGCCCCUUCAGUUUAUUUGAGUCUUACUUGUAUAAGUCAAAUCACAACAGCUGUACAGCUGUGUCAGUCUCAUCCACGCUUGAUGCCAUUUUUCUGUCACUAUUUUUAUGGAUGUAGCGAGGUAGGUAGCUUGUUCUGUUGGAAGAUGUUCCCAUUCAUAAAGCAAGACUGUAACGUUUGCUGAAUUGUGGCCUCGAGUGAUUUGACAGGAUGUUAAAUGUUGGAGAAUAGUAAGAGUCAUAAAAUCAGUGAACUUCACAGUUUUAACCACACAGCGAGAGACUAUAGUGACGCUUUAAGAACACUACAGUUUGGUAUUGUUGAGUGCAGCCUCUUGGGGUCUCUACAGAGGAUUAAGACUGUCAAGCUUAUAUUUUUAUACAAUUUUGAAUGUAGUAGAAAUAUUUCGGCUGUUGCCUUCGUGAGCGUAGGAGAUGGAGCAGUAGGGCCAGCUUUAAACAAUUUAGUCAAGGGUUGUCGUUUAUAGUCUGAUAAUCAUCCUGAAUUUUCCUUUUGUUUCUACUUGACAGACAGACUGACAUAAAGAAGAGAAUUUAAAGCAAGUUUCAUUUUUAUCUCACAGUUGCAUUUAAUUUUAAAUAGUUAACAGGUAACAGCUGAUUCCAUUUUAAGCCUAUAUAACACUACACACUGAGGAAGGCAAAAUCUGACAUUUCUGUACUUGUUAACUGAAUUAAAAAAAAAUGUGAAAGAUC